UGCUUAUUUGCUUUUGUGGUGCUGCGAUUUUUAUUGUUAAAUAACAUGCCUCGUUCUAUAAGAAAAGUUGAUAAGUCAGUUGAUGAAAUGGAAAUAGGAGAGAUCCUUACCGACGCUUCUAAUGUGAGCUGGUGUCUUGGCCCUCUUUUUGCAAAAGGCGGGUUUGGAUUUAUCCAUACAGCUCAUAUGAAUGUCGGAUUGCUUAACAAUUCGUAUUCUCAAGCGAAAUAUGUCAUUAAAUUGGAAGCCAACGAAAGCGGUCCUCUCUUCUGUGAAAAACAAGUUUAUAUUCGAGCAUUAAACGAAAACAAUCGUAUAAAGUCGAACUUCAUUUAA